AUGGCGAGCGAGUUCCAGUCCGCCAUGACCAUCCGGUCGCUCCGCAUACUCAAGAAUGAGCUGGAGUUCCUCGCCGACUCAAAUGUAAUCAAGCCCGACCAGCUCAAUGCUAUUCUCGCACAACUGCCCACCGAGACCGACGCUCGUACCGCAGCCGCACGUCAGAACCAGACACCCCCUUCACCAUUGCAGAUUCAAGCUUUGCCCCAGCCCGUUCAAGCGCAACCUCCUCCAGCCCCAUACUCGCCCCCGACGACGCAGCCAUCUACCCUCCCCUUGAACGAAAAGACCCCGGUGUACAACCAAUACGCCUCCCCGCCUCCGCAGGCACCGCCAGCAUACCCUCAGGCUGCGCCGCCAUCUUUGGGUUACGCUACUGCAAUGUGGGCAUACACUCCAACCGAUGAGGGCGACCUAGCGCUGGUGCAGAAUGAUCGUAUCCUAGUUCUUGAGCACAUGAAUGUUGACUGGUGGCGUGGUCGUAACGAGCGUACCGGCUUGGAGGGUAUCUUCCCGAAGAGCUAUGUCAAGGAGGUCGAUGAGAAGGCAGGCAUCUAUACGCCGCCCCCGCCGACCAACUAUGGAAAUAUGCCUUUGGCUGUUAGCCAGAGCGGAUCUAACCCUGCUACCAAUGAUCCGGAGCAGAAGAGCAAGUUUGAGCAGAAUGGCAAGAAGUUUGGCAAGAAAUUGGGCAAUGCUGCAAUCUUCGGUGCCGGUGCUACUGUCGGCUCCAACAUCGUGAACAGUAUCUUCUAA